GAUACUCUUUUGUAGCGGAAUUCUUUAACUACUUUGUUGUUUUUCCAUGGUGAUUGAAUUGUCUCAUCUUUCUGUCUAUAUGGGACCUACAUGGAUAGUAGACUACUGCAGGAUUUCAGGGAGGAACACAUAGGUCAUAAGAGCGAGGUGAUGCUUUCCACUUACUUUCUUUGACUCUUUUUCUUCUCCUUCCUUUCCUUUACACCACAGAGACUGCUGGUAGUGACAUGGCAGACCCUCAGGACAACACUCUGAGGAUUAUUCUGGUGGGGAAAACUGGAAGUGGGAAGAGCGCAACGGCCAACACCAUCCUGGGGAGUAGAGUCUUUGACUCUAGAAUUGCUGCCCAUGCUGUCUCCUCCAGGUGUCAAAAAGCAUCCAAGGAAUGGAAGGGGAGGAAACUUGUUGUUGUUGACACUCCAGGGCUCUUUGACACCAAGGAGACCCUGAAUACCACAUGCAGGGAAAUCAGCCGAUGUGUCCUCUACUCCUGCCCUGGGCCCCACGCCAUCAUCUUGGUCCUCCAGGUGGGCCGCUACACGGAGGAAGAGCAGAAGACCGUGGCAUUGAUCAAGACUGUCUUUGGGAAGCCAGCCUUGAAGCACAUGAUCGUGUUGCUCACUCACAAAGAUGUCUUGGAGGAGAAGAGCCUGAGUGACUUCUUGGCAGAUUCAGAUGUGAAGCUAAGAAACAUCAUCAGCGAGUGUGGGAACCGCUACUGUGCCUUCAACAACAGAGCCUCAGAGGCCGAGAAGGAAGCUCAAGUGCAGGAGCUGGUGGAGCUGAUAGAGGAGAUGGUGCGGAGCAAUGGAGGGGCUUACUUUACCGAUGCCAUUUACAAGGACACAGAGAAGAGGCUGAAGGAACGGGAAGAAUACCUGAAGAAGAUCUACACCGAUCAAUUAAAUAAUGAAAUUAAACUAGUAGAAAAGGAAUAUGCUGAUAAAUCACAGGAAGAACGGGAGGAAAAAAUAAAAUGGCUAAAGAUGAAGUAUGCUGAGCAAAUAAAAAAUAUCAGGGAAGAAGCUGAGAUGGGAUUAUUUAGAGAUGGUUCAAAUGGGAUUAUGAGCUUGCUUUCAAAAAUAUGGCAGAUGUUUUGGUAGUAAAGACCAUUUCGUUUUUUCUUCUGAAUUUACGAUGAUUUGCGAUAGUGGUAGAUUGUAGUUUCCAUAGAGAGCUGUGACAGUAGCUUCUACUUAUUCUUCCUAUAACCUGACCCUGUUACUGCUGUCACUGAGCUGCGGGGCCUGUGUCCUCUACCUUGGAGCUCAGCAGAUCUGGGACCAUUUCAAUUAAUAGCAGAUGGUUGAAGCAACACCUUGUGACUCUAAGGUUACAUAUGGGCAAUGCUUCCUUGCCCUGUUGGGGUUCUUGCCCUUGGAACUUGACUGUCAUGUUGUGAGAAAGCCCAGGCUGCCUCUUGAGAGGCCCCCAUGCAGAGGGCCUGAAGUCACUGGCCCACUUCCCAGCUCACCUUUCAUUUGUGACUCACACCAACUUGCCCGCCAUGCAAAUGAGGCAACUCGGGCUGUCCCAGAAGCGGGCCCUCCGGAUGCCCCGCCAUCUCAGGCGAAGUUGCAGAAAGCAAAGAUGAUCCAUUCCCACUGAAUCCUGCCCAAAUUGCAGCUUUAUGAGAACAAAUAAAUGAUGGUUUUUGUUUUUAA